UGAAAUUUUUAUAAAUUUAACAUCACCGACACCUUUUUAGUACUAAUUCAAAUUUGAACUGCUUGCCACUAUUUAAUAAACGCAUCUCUAUUAUGUCAAAAAUGUUAUUCUGUCACUGACAAUGCAUUUGCAGCUGUUAAAUCAAUAACAUUUGAUCUGUUACAAUUUCACAUUGUUUGAGUUGAAAUUCAAAUUAGAAGUUGUUAGGUCGCAAAUGCCGUUCUUAAAUCCGUUCAUCCCAAGUUUAAUAACAAUUUUUCUGUUACUUGGAAAGUGUCUAACGUGUGACUUUAACUUUUGUUUAAUUUCUAUACAAAUAUGUAAAAAUGCAGUACAUAAUUUGUUUUAAGAGAAAUGAUGAAAUAAAAGAAGUACGAAGCAGCGAACUAUUUGUUCGACUGACGCCACAUAAGUUCUUAGAACAGGCUUCCAUUGCCAAGCCAUCGCUGGAAGCUGGUAUUGCUGAAAAAAAUUGUAUUUUAAGAGACUGCAAUGAGGAUUCUAGUGAAUCUCAUCGAUUAAAUUCACCAAAGAAAACCGAAGAGGAGAGUGGAGUAGAAGAAGAGCAGGCGCAAAUCAAACCGCGUUUUAUCUCAUCAAUAUUAGGUGGUAGUAAACCCUAUACGGGCUCUAUUGUUUUAACACAAGCACAGCGCAAGGAAUAUCCCGUGGAAAUUGUUAGUCGAGGUUUUGCUAGCAAUUUUAGCGAUGAUAGUGAUAGCAAUUCAGACUCUGAUUCGGACGGUUCAAAGCUUAUUGUAGAUGAAAAACCUUUACUGCCCGAAGAGAAGCCUUUAUCAUUACGUUUACGCAAAACACCACCACCAUUAGAAAAACGCCCAAGUCCUCCCCCACCACCAGAGCCAGCUGUACGCUGUAGUGUUAUACAGCGUACACCAAACACUGUUGCGCAAACGCACAGACAACAAGAACACGAAGUUUUAUUGCCAGUUGGUGCAUUUGAACAUCUUGGUCCCGAGCAACAAGAACCUCUUGAUUAUCACGUACCAAAGCGACGUACUGCUUCCAUCGAUAGUGACGAAGAGCAAGCAGAAUUCUUGAACGCAAGACGACAAGAACGUGAACGUCGGCUUCGUGAGGCACGUCGUCGUAGCGCAAUAUUAGCCGCACGUGCGGUCUUAGCACAUGCACGCUUGAAUCCUAGGUUCGUGCGUAGUUUAUCAGGUAUAUUCUCUGCAGCCGCUGGUCACGGUCGCACGUCAUCCACUGGUGCUGGACAAGGUUUCCAAAAUAGUGGCGGCUUUGGUAAUAGCAGCGCAGGCGCUAGUAGUAAUCAAAGCCCAAGUGGCAGUGCAGGCUCACCAACAGGUUUUGGUGGCGCGCUCGGAGGUAGUGGUAGUGGUGGAGCCGGAGGUGGCAUGGGCGGUGGUAGAGACGGGCGUAGCAAUUACGGACCAAACUCACCACCAUCUGGAGCAUUACCACCAUUUUUUGAAAGUCUUAAAAACAACACAAUGAAUUCCUCAUCGUCUGCUUCGUCGCAUCUAAACACAAAUCCCAAUAUAUUGAUACAAAAUGCUGCAGCAUAUUUAAUUUCGGCAUCGAACAAUGGCAACUGCAACUCUGGGUCGCAGCAGGGUGGUUUUGGUAAUUGUUGCAGCUCAGCUGAGAGCGCCAAUUCACUUAACAGUAAUAAUGUUGAAAAUUCGGUUUAUCCAAAUGAAUACGGCAUAAUACUAAAGGAUGAACCUGAUAUUGAGUACGAUGAGGGCAAGAUUGACAUUGGAGCUUUCGCACAAAAUAUUCUACAAGCAACUUUGGGAAAUCCAAAUAACUUCAAUGCGGCAAACUAUGAUGAUGAAAUUAUGUCAGACUUAGCAAACACACAGGGUCAUAAUGGUACAGUUGAUCCACUACAAUUCACCGGUACAUUGAUGUUAUCACAAAACGAUCAGUUUCUCGAUCAACUCGAUGCAGUCGACUUGAGUUCAUUCUUACAACGUGGCUGCGGAGGUGAUGAUGAAAACUCAACAAGCCCACGACAAGAGUUUGAAUUGACAUCUACUCCAUCACUUACACCAGAUUCUGUCUCUAUUACACCAGUCGAUAACAACGCUACAAACAACCUGAAUUCAUUUCAUGAAAAUUUAAUGCAACAAAUUACAAACAAUAUUUCGCGUAAUCAUGUUGCUGUUAAUGGUCAAGGCUACCCUUCUUUUGAGCGUCAGCAUAGCUCAACUACUCAGCAGCAUUUAACAAAUACACAACAGCAUCAUCAACAGCAACAACCACCACCAUCUUAUCAACAUGCGACACGUGAUCUGAUGCAAUUACAACAACAUCAACUUGCCGGUCAACACAAUUCAACGUACCAAUCACAGCAACAUAAUCUAAUGGGGCACAGCAGCCCAUUGCUGUUAUGUCAGCAACCUAUGCAACAGCAACAGCAUGCUUAUCAGCAACAGAACUCAUAUGUACAUUCACACAAUCAUCAUCUCAAUCAUCAGCAACAGCAGCAGCAUCAUAUCGCAGCAGCUGGUCAUCACAUGCAACAGCAGCAUCAUCAUAAUAGCGACAAUAGUAAUCUUUCGCUACCCUCACCAAAUACAACACACAUGGGUGGACAUCAUAACACAUCAUCUGCAGCCAGCAGCUCAUCAAUUUCGUCAGCUACAGCACUUCUUGAUAAUAAUGUCAUAGUCGAUGCUAAGCCACUGAUUCAAAGCGUAAGUCCCACUCAUUCGAUCAGCAGUUCAAAUGCAAGUUCUUGCAGCUCUAAAAAAUUGAAUAAUAAGUCCACUGUCUCGGCCACUAACGUGCCUAGCAAGUUGCUUAAUAUUGCAGCAGCUACUGAAGUUGGCAUUUUACCGCCUUCGCCCACGGUGGCAAUGUUGCAUGAAAGCAAAGUGCUUCAGCAGCGGUUGGGUUUACCACCAGAGGUACAAUUGGAAUUUGUUAAUGGUGGCCAUGGUAUUAAAAAUCCAUUAGCAGCAGAGAAUGUGCAUACUGGACAUCAUCGAUUACGCAGCAUCGAUUGUAUUGAUGACAUGAAGAAAGGCUCUAGUAGUUCAGUAGCAAAUGACACUAUUGAGAGUGUCGAAGGUUCAAAAUUUGUCUGUCGCGUUUGCUUAAAGGCAUUCUCACUUCAACGUUUGCUAAAUCGUCAUAUGAAAUGUCAUUCCGAGAUUAAACGCUAUCUGUGCACAUUUUGCGGCAAAGGCUUUAAUGACACAUUUGAUUUGAAACGUCACACGCGUACUCACACUGGUGUGAGACCAUAUAAAUGUAAUUUAUGUGAGAAGAGCUUUACCCAGCGCUGUUCCUUAGAAUCUCAUUGCUUAAAGGUGCACAGUGUCCAACAUCAAUACGCCUACAAGGAGCGCCGAGCAAAGACUCCAGCUUCUUCACCACCAAAAAAUCCAUCCACACCAGUUCCAACAGCAAGUAAUUCGUUAACGGAUGGAACAGAACUUAAAGAAACAACGCCAACAAAUCAAAGCUGUCCAUGCUGUACUCUACCAAGUAAUCAAGUUCUUGGUAAAUGCAAUUUUUGCGGUUAUCUCAUGCCGGAAAAUGUGAAUAGACCAAAAACAUCAAUAUCUGCAGCAGGUGCUACCGUUCCACCAGCUGUUGGCGCCAACACACAGAAUAUUUGGAGCAAACAGUCAAGCUUAGCAAGUAGCACUGAACCAUCUUCACCGGCAGUAUCCGAUAGUUACUCACAUGGAACCCCAAGCGGAGAAAUGUCUAUCAGUUUGACUAGCACCGAAGGCUUUAAUAUUUUACCCGCGGCUGAAGAGUUGGCGAAAUUCUUUCCACAGUUAGACGACGACUUAAAUUCGGUUACCGUCUAUACACCUAUGAAUGUAGAUACAUUGGAUGUUGAUGCUGAUUCAGUGUUCCUAUCAAGUAGCAGCGGCAGAGGUGAUAAAAGUGCUUGCCUUACGCCAGUUAGCUUCGGCAUGGAUAUCAGUAUGAUAGCAAACAAAGGUUCCAUGACACUAUCAGUUGAUGGUUUCGACGAUGAAGAUGAGACCACAUUAUCAGCUGCCACUACGCCUUCAUUACCCACGGAUGACAUUAAAUUGGAAACUUGUUACUGCUGUCCCACACAUGCUGAGCAAGGACAGCCCCCAGAUUGUGAAUUUGAUAAUGAUAUAUUUAAAUUACCAGAACCCUUAAAAAUUCCAGAAACAAAAAUCAUUAGUUCCUCCCCAGAUAAAUAUGAUACACCACCGACACUGACUUUGCAUGAUGACACUGAAAACAGUCUAAGUCAUAAUGCACAAAAAAUUUCCAUACGCAAAGCAAGCGAUCCCGUUUCACCGAGAAUACAAAAGCAAAUAAGUCUCUUUGAAAGCGGUGACUUUGAGCGUCAGAAAGAAAUCUCCACAUUACAUGCUUCUAUAAAUAUACCAGCUUCAACACAACAACUCAAACAAGAUGAACGUUUGCGUAAAUUUGAGAAUCUAACGCAAUCCACUUCAAAUUCCAAUUUUCCUUUUGAGAGUAACACCUUAAAGAGAGUCACUCAUAAUGCUGCCGACUUUGUCGAUGUUACACACACACAAUCGUGCAUAAAUUUAAAGAGUUCUUUGGGUGCCUCACCGUCUUCGUCUAUGUCAGGUUCGCCGCAACAUAAAAGCAAAUAUAAAACAGUAGCUCAAUCCUGUUGCAUAGUGACUACAGAUGCAGCAUCCGAACACUCACAUCCAGGUGCGAUUGUUGUUAAGGAAAAAUUUAUAGAACCUCCAAAGCGCAUAGCGCGUGGUUUUCAUGAAAAAACACAAUCGAUGGAUGCAGAUUUUUUAUUUAAUGAAUUUCUUCUGGUGCCGGCACGUUCUGCAGUUCCACUUCCACAUUCGUCCAGUAGCGGUACGAGUAGUGCUAGCACAUCACCAUCAUCGCGACCAAAUUCCAGAUUUAUAGCUACUAAAGUAGUUGACGAUAUGGCCGUAAUGGGCAGUAAAUAA